AGUUUUAUUUACAAAUGUCAGAAUUUAGACUCAAGUGGUUGUAGCACUAAUUGGUCGUACAGUUCAGGGAGUAUGAAUUCAUAAAAAAUUAUAAUGAAGCGAAAGGAGUCAAAUUGGCCAGCAGAGAUCGUUAAUACUGCCAAGGUUUCAUUGAAUGAGGAAGUGGCAUUCGAUGAUGUCGAUCAAGAAAUUAAUGGUGGUGAUAAAGCAUCCGAGGUGAAUGUAUCCAGCGACGAUGAAGUCGAUGAGGAUCUUGAGGCCGAAUAUCAGAGGCUUAACAGUAUCCUGGAUCUACCAGCAGAUACUUAUUCUCUUACACAAUUCAAAACAAAUCUUACUUUGUCUAAAUAUGAUGCACGUUCAGGUUCUACUCAUAUGUUUAUGCAUAAAUUUUCACCAUUUUCUCGUGGUUUACAAGGUGCUGCGAUAGCAAUCGCCGCGUACGUAACAACAAGUCUGUUGAAGGCUCAACUCUGGAACGAGAUAGUGAUCGAUCAAAUACUUGAGGACGGCGACACGUACUACUGUAACUCUUACAAACAAUUGUUAACUGAAGACCGUCGCGCUCUAACAGUUUGUGAAUUAGAAAACUCUCUAAUUAUUCAGCAAACUCAUAGAGCUAAAAUAAUAAUCGGUGAUGCCGUUUACACGGGAGUAUUUCGUCCAGAAACACCCACCGAUUUACAUUUAAUAAAAGCCUUGAAAUUAUUUUUUAAUAAUUACUCAUCAGGAAUUCUGACGUCAGCUCAUUUAAAUAUAUCUAUUUGGCGUGAUAACAAUUACAACAUCUUCGAUGCUCAGCCGAGAUCUGAUAACUUGGUACCUGAUUCAAGCGGAACUGCUAAAUUGAUAAUACUUCCUAAUCUUGCGUCUGUAUUGUACAUUAUUUUAGAAAAGAGUAAUUUAAAAAACGGUUACUUUGUUUUGUACCCAAUUAAAAUUGUCUCGGUCGUAAGAAUCGACGAUAGCGAGUCAGUAUCACAAGAUAAUUAUAAAUUUAAAAACAAGUCAAUGCCACCAGAGAUUAAAAAACAUUCAAGUGGUUAUGAUAUUCAAGGUCCCCGAGCUCUUGUCAGAGCCAGUAUUCAUAUAACUCAUAAUAAUGUACCUGAAAUAAUUCGCGGUCACUCCCAUCUUAUUAUCGCAUUGAGCGCUUUAAUAUAUUCACGAUUAAUUAAUGCCAAUAAAUGGACAACUCCCGUUAUUGAUUUAAUUUUCAAUCAAUCUCACAUAUAUUUUGUUGAUUUACUUCGCGUUCUUAAUAAAAAAAUUGAUCAUACAUUCAACUUAUCAAUUGACGAAAUAUUAACGGAUAUUUUUUUGGGUGUCUAUAGAGCUAAAAUUAAAAUUCAAGAUAAUGUUAUUCCAGGACAAGCGAAAAAGGCUAAAGGUAAAAGCAAACUUACUCUUGAAGAUGGAAUAAGUGAAUUGUUUACGACUUACCAGUGCGGAGUUUUAGAAAUUAAAAAAACAUUUUACGCUCUAUGGAAAAGCGGCGAUAAAUUUUAUUUUUUAGAUCCAUUUGGUUGCGAUCGUCAAGGAUUUAGGGUCGAUGAGUCAGACGCAUCGUCAGAAAAUCCUCUAAUAGUUGAGCGAUUUAAUGAAGCUGUUGCAUGCGUUAUGAUGCAUAAUUCAAUAGAUGAACUCGUUGAAAUAAUUUUAGAAAAUACAUCAAGUACUGAAAAAGAUCCUUUUAUUUUACAUGGCAUUAAAGUUCUUUAUGUUAAAGCCGAGACUGAAGGUUUGGAAAAUGAAAUUAUUUAUCGUGAACCCAAAACUAAUCGUCGACCAGAACCAGAAGUUGUAAUCCCUUCUUGUGAACAGAUUGCUAAGCAAAUAAAUGUUGAUGACGUACCUAAGCCACGUGCUUAUGCUGAAAAGACUAGGGAUAAAGAAAAUCAGUAUCCGGAGUUGUUUGAAAAUGCGCACAGUUAUUUGAUGGAGAAAGAAAAUUUAAUUAAUGAAAAUAAUGAAAUUUAUGAGAAAAAUAAAUUUUAUAAGGUUGUAAAUCCACGACGUUUAAUAUUACAUGCUAGCAAAAAUUGUUUUGCUGAAGAUUAUGAUGAAAGUUUACGAGGUCGUCAAGGGUUAUUAAUGGCACUCAGUGCAAUGUUGUUUUCAAAAUUAAAAAAUUCUUCAUUGUGGACUGGGUAUGAUUUAAACAAAAUAAUGGAUCUUGGUAAUCAAGUUUGUUUCAAUUUUUUAAAUAAAAAUUCUGGUGAAAGUGAUGAAGAAUCUGAAGAAGAUGAUGAUGAAGAUGAAGAUGAUGAUGAUGACGAAGAUGAAGACGACGAUGAUGAUGAUGAGGAAGAGGAAGAGGAAGAAGAUGAUGAUGAAGAUGAGGAAGAGGAAGAUGAUGAUGAAAUUUCUUACAAAGACAUUUCGAAAAUUCCUAACAAAAUAAAGUUUGAAAAAAAUACAUUAAAUUUAAAGAAAAAAAAAUCAAUUAUUGAAGGAAAUGCUGAGCCGAUAGUUAAUAUUGGAGAAGCAUUGGAAAGAUAUUUUAAAAAAUACAAUGAACUGAUAAUGGAAAAUAGAGAACUGGUUUAUGGAAUAUGGAAACAAGAUGGCUUGUAUUUUUUAUUUAAUCCUUAUGGAUCUGAUGAAGAAGGCUGGAGAUUAAGGGAUUAUCCUGCUUCAUUUGCUGUUACUGACAGUAUUAAUGAAUUAGUUGAUUUGCUUUAUGGUAUCCUAGAGUUUAAUGACAGAAAAUUUGUUUUUCACUUUGUACAUGUACAGUCUGUACAGCCGAAUAAAUAUGUCGCAGAUGAUAUUGAAGAGCCUAGCAUAUUUGAGAAAUAUCAGACCAUAUUUUUACCUCUGACGGAUGAUGAUUUGUUGGCUUUGGAAGAAAGUAAGAAAGAAGAGUUUCAAGAAGAAGAAGAAGAAGAAGAAGAUGAUGAUGAUGAUGAUGAUGAGGAAGAUGACGAUGAUGAAGAAGAUGACGAUGAUGAUGAUGAUGAAGAAGAUGAAGAGGAAACUGGAGAUGAAGAAACGAAAGAUACAGAUGACACAGAAAAUAAACGAGAAGAAAUAAUAGAAUUAGAUCCUUUGCUAGAAAUUUCUGAACAAGAGCCAAUAAUUUCACCAGAUCAAUUAAAUUUAUAUCUGUUGACAACAAAUGUUAAUUUAGAAGAAGAAGAAAUAAGUAUUGAAACCAAAGAAGCACUUGAAUAUGAAAAACUUAAAUACAAUCAUCCGCCGCCUUACGUACUUCCGAAUGAAAAAGUACUUGAGAUUCUUUUAUCAGCAAAGAAAGCAUUACAGUCAGUGCCUUCUUUAGUAUCUUGUUUUUCAAUCGAUUCAAAGUUAGCUGUAAAAAUGAACUUUACGACUACGGAUUUACCACCGGAACCAAUUGCCGUAAAUACUUUAAAGGAAAAUAAAUCAAAAAUGAUUCGUUUGUCGUUAAACAAGUAUUUUUAUUCACGAAUUCCGCCUGUUGGGUACACACCCCUGCGAGCUAUUAAUGAAAAGUUUAUUCAUGACAAAAAGGAAGAGUCAAUUAAUCACAAUAAAUCCAUCCAAGGAAUUGAAAAAAGAAAAAGUAAUUUUGUUUCGUAUAAACAAGAAAUUCCUGGUGAUGACAACGCACGAAUUAGUCCAACAAUUAUUCCUCUUGGGCCAAUUAUUCAAACGCCUACGCCGGUUAAAAAAAUAAAACCUUGUACAGAAAAUAACCAGACACGUAAUUUAUCUAAAAAUUAUGUUAAGAAUGAAUUAUUAAAUAAACUUAUUUGCAAUACGGAAGAUGUUAUUUUUGAUUUAAUUUUUCCAAAAUUUUAUUCUGAUGAAUAUGACGAAACAUGUGAAGAUGAAAAUAUAAAAGAAGAUUUAGAUAUUGCUGUAGAGAAAGAUGAUAAUGAAGAAGAAGUAAAAGAAGUUUUGACAGAAGUACCAGAAAUUUUUGUUGAAACUGCAGAUAAAAAUUUGAUAGUUCGAGGCUUUGAGUCUUUAAAAAAUCGCGAUAGUAAAAAUGAUUGUCAAUUCAAAUCAUGUUUUUUUGCUGCGAUCUUGUGCAUUUUAGCUAAAAUUCAAUUAAGUUUAGAAUUUUUCAGCAAUGAUUUAAUAGACGACUUAAUUUUAAGUGCAGAAGAACUUUUUGGCGAAGCUGGACUGUCAAAGUAUCUGCUUCAACGUUGGUUUUACACGAUACAAAUUUUUGGAGUAGGAUUUAGAAUAUUAUUAAAUCAAGAAAUUUAUGCUGAACCAGAUAUUUAUGAAGUCGAUGAACUGUCGCGUGUAUUAGAAAAUUUUUUUAAAAACAAUUCAACUGGAAUUAUAGUUUUCGAGAAUGCAUCAUUUGCAUUUUGGUUUUCAAACAAUCGUUAUUAUUUAUUUGAUCCGUAUUCGUGUGAUGAAAAUGGGUCCGCUAAUGAAGAAGGCCUCGCGUGUUUUCUCGAGUUUCUUUCGAUGGAAAACUUGAUCAAAAAAAUUCAAUCAAACAGUGGGGUUGAUAUUUUCAUGCCUUACAGAAUUUACACACUCAAUAUAAAACGCUUAGAAUGGCUGUCUGAUAAAAAUAAAAAACGUGUAAAAAAGAAUAACAAAAUUGCAGAACUUGUUACUGAUGAUAAUCAAGUGACAGAAGAAGAAUUUAUUGAAGAAAUAAACGAAACUAUAUCGGAAAAUUCAUCACUUAUUGAACUGUCUAAAUGGACUAAAAGCAAGAAAAUAAAUUUGCUUGACUAUGACAAGGAAAUUAAUGGUUUUGCUCCAUUAAAAAAUUUAAAUGCAUCAAUUUUCGAAGUUAAAGUAAUAGAAAAUGAUAUUACGCGACUUAAUAAUCCUCCAUUUAAAAUGAUGAAUUUUUCGUCUCCGUCUCAGUCUUUGUCUGCUGAUAAAAAAGAAGAAGAUCCUUUAAGGCCUUUAGGGAACAUGACAAAGAAAUCCCCAAGUCCAUCAGAAUUGAUGACAAUGAGAAGAAAGCCAUUUGACAGAAAAUUCAACCAGCACUCUAUUCUUUUACUCCCACUUGAUUUAUGUAUCAUGGCAUGGUCGUGUAUUCACGAGCCUUAUUUGUGGGGUGCAAGAACAAUUCAGUCAAUAUACGAAGCCAGUAGAGAUUUAGCUUUUGACAGUAUUCUUGCAGCUCAAGAUUCAUCCGUAAGUGACAUGACAGACGGGCUUCUAACUGAUUUUGAUAUCGCAAAUUAUCAUUUUCACGCUGUUUUCGCUCCUAUACACACCGGUAUACUUUACAAAACACAGGGAUGGAAUUUAGCAAUGUCACUUGAUAAAAUUUUUACAACCCCUAUUUAUACAGGAGCUACAAUCGUAUGCGGAAAAGCUCAUUUGGGUGUUAUGAAAAUAGGCGAUAAUUUUUAUCUAUGGUGGGCAAGUAUCGGUGAUAAAAUAUUUAAAAUAAUUACAUCGACUAUUUUAGAAGAUUUAUUGAAAAUAAUUGUUUUCGUUAUUGACGAAUCUGAAGAAACAGAAUUUAAAAUAAGAAUCAUAACUAUUUCUUAUGCUCAAAAAAUGGACCCUGAUUGUUUGGACACAUUCGGUUUACAUGAUUCAUUAGUACCCACUUCUUUGCCUCAAAUUCAUCGUAGAGAUAGUGAAAAUUAUAAUUACAAUUUGAAAAAUAUUUUGCGACCAGUAUUACCGCGCUAUCACCCAAUUUUCAUUAUUGGCACAGUCGGCUAUCAAAAUUUUGAACAAAUAAAAGAACCCAAUAUCAAACGUUGUUAUUUUGCUGCCUUACUUUCAGUUCUAAUGAAACGUGACAUAAUAAAAAACCCCGUCGCGAGUGUAAUUGAUAAAAUAAUUCAAAUUGCUGAGAAUAUUUACCGAGAAUUUGAAAACCCGAAAUAUCACAGGGAACAUAUUAUCCGAAAUGUCACUAUAAUGAAUAGAAUUUUUGAUUUUCGCGACACCGCAUCUCCUUUGCACGAACUAGCUCCCAAUCCUGACAAUAAAAAUGAUAAUUUUAAAUUAUUAAAAAAAGAACUACAAAAACACUUUAAAAAAUACAAUGACGGAAUUUUACAUUUAACGAACUGUUGCUACGGUUUUUGGUACUCGCAGUCAACGAAUACUUAUUAUUACUUAGAUCCUUAUAAAAAUAAUUAUCAGGGCAAAAGAGUAACUAACGGAGCCGGUUGCUUAGGAAUUUUUCCUUGUAUCGACAAAAUGAUAAAAGCUAUUUUAGUUAAUAGUGUCCAAAAUACAACAGGUUUUUUUAUUCACCGCAUUAACGUCGAAUCAAUAAACGUUUUGAGCCGGGAAAAAUUUAUCGAAGAUCCCAUGUGGGUUUAUUUAGAUUACCAUUGGAGUUUCAGUCAUUCAUUGAUGUCCGAUAAAUUUAAUUCCAAGUCAAAGCGUAAAAAAAAUAAAUCUCAAGUGUGUAAAUCACUUAGAGAAUUAAAUAAUGAUGAUAAAUUUGAUAUUAAAAUGUGGAAUAAUUAUGUCAUUGAAGUUCCUAAUUUGAUUUACUCAAUCUGGGGAACUAUCGGCGCUUAUGAUAAAAGAUUCGGAGAACGUGGAGGCAAAAAUCAACCGGCUAUUUGUGUAACGGUACUUGCAAUGCAGUUUUUAUGUAAUCCGUCAAAUUGGGACGCAUCGAUACUCGAUUCAUCAGUAAUUUACGGUGAUUUUUUUUACAUCGAUAGUUUUAAAUCACGGGCGGGUAAUUUUAAAAAUUCAAAUGCAUUUAAUCUCAACAAAAAUUUAAAAAUAUUACCGUACACUUGGACAAUUGACUACGGGGCUCCGAAAUGUGGAGUUUUAUAUGGCGAUGACGGGAGAUUGACCUUAGCAGCAGCGCUCAAAUUAAUUUUGAAUGAAUCAUCAAAUUUUUUGAUAAAAUGUGCUAAUGCAGUCAUCGGUGUUUUGUCAAAACCCGACGGUUAUUAUGCCGUUGAUCCCGGCUGGACCGGACCGCCUUUAUUUCAAAGACAUCGCGGCGCUAUUUAUGCACUACGUUGUAGAAAUAUUAAUGCUCUUGUGUAUGCAAUUACUAAAAUUAUAAACACUAAUCAGCGGGAAGAAUUUUUUAUUUUACCUCUCAAGUUUUAUUUCAAACAAAGUUGCAAUGAAAGUCAAACGUCCAAAACAAUAAACAAUAAAUUGUUUAAUAUUAAUACUAAUACUUACCCUAGUGUUGCCAAGGAUUGUAGAAAAAAUUUAAGUAUUGCUGGUAAUGAAGACAUUUAUACAAGAUACCGUAAUAAUGUCAAACGAGGUCUUGGUUGUAAAUCAAAUGGAGAAAAUUCUCAUACGCCUUCACUUGUACCGCAAAUAAAUGCCGCGUCAUUUAAAAAUAUAACUGUCAGUACUGACUGGCAUAAAAAUAUUGGAAAACGUCGCGUUAAUUUACCGAAAAAUGAUUCAAAAAAACGAAAUAAAAACGCGAGUAAAUUUUUGUCUUGCGAUGACUAUCCAAAAGUUGUAGAUUUUUUGAGUAAUAAACCGGAAGCUCCUCAGAAGACUAAGAAAUUUUUUAGCAAACAAUUGAAACAAUCUGAUGAAAUUUUACAGCCGAUUGAUUAUUAUCGCAAACGAAAAUUUUUAAAUGAUAAAAGUAAACGGGAAUUUAAGAUGCAGACAAUAGAUAUGAGGGAUGAUUAUUAUAAAAAUUAUAGGCAUCGAGUAGCUUUCAAUUUAGAUGACACUAUUUAUCAUAAUGAUAAUGAUGGUGGUAAUGAAGAAGAAGAAGAAAAAGAAAAUGAAGAAGAUGGAGAAGAAGAAGAAAAAGAAGGAGAAGGAGAAGAAGAAGAAGAAGAAGAAGGAAAAGAAGAAAUUGAAACAAAUGAAGAUUUAUCAUAA